CUGGGAUUUGUUCCCACACGGCGUUCCAGUUAGAAACACUGUUUUUCUUCCUGUUAGGCUUCUAGACGGAGCCGAAGGACAGAAGCUAAAAAGUUGUAGCAGCAUUUGCUCAACAAAUGUUAAUGUAGCAUAAAUACUGAUCAACAACAAUGAUUCCAUACACUGUCAACAUCAAACUCGCGGCUCGGACGUUGACUGGCACUCUUAAUUUACAGAAUAAAACCGCUGUAGACUGGGGAUGGCAGGGGCUGAUAGCUCAGGGAUGUCACUCCAGUAUUCUCAUCAUCGAUCCAAAGACGUCUCAGACCAUCCAGGUGUUGGAGAGGCACAAAGCUAACGUGGUCAAGGUGAAAUGGUCCAGGGAAAACUAUUACCACAACGUGAGCUCUCCCUACUGUCUGCGGCUGGCUUCUGGAGAUGCCUCAGGGAAGAUCAUAGUGUGGGAUGUGGUCAGCGGCACCGUCCAUUGUGAGAUCCAGGAGCACUCCAAACCUAUUCAGGACAUGGAGUGGUUGUGGAAUCAGGAUGCGUCUCAUGAUCUGCUGUUAGCCAUCCACCCUCCCAACUACAUUGUUCUGUGGAACGGAGACACGGGCACCAAGCUAUGGAAGAAGAGCUACGCUGAGAACAUCCUCUCCUUUUCUUUUGACCCCUUUGACCCCUCCAACAUGGCAUUGCUGACCAGUGAAGGAAUAGUCUUUAUCACAGACUUUUCCCACUCCAAACCACCGGGCAGUGCGGGCAAAAAGGUCUACAUUGCCAGCCCCCAUGCAAGCCCCGCCCACACCAAACCUGCCCCUGCCACUGCCCCGGUCCCUACUGGCGCCAAGAAGGCCCUCAACAAGGUCAAAGUGCUCAUCACCAAUGAAAAACCCACUGCUGAGGCGGUGACGCUGAACGACUGUCUGCAGCUGUCCUACCUGCCAUCCAAGAGGAACCACAUGCUGCUGCUUUAUCCCAGAGAGAUCCUCAUCCUGGACCUGGAGCUCAGCCAGACGGUGGGUGUGGUGGCCAUCGAGCGCUCCGGGGUGCCCUUCAUUCAGGUGAUCCCAUGCGCUCAGCGGGACGCUCUCUACUGUCUCCAUGAGAACGGGUGCAUCACCCUCCGAGUUUGUCGCACCACUACCACUCCAGACGAAUCCGCAGACCCCGAGCAGAAUGUCUACGAGCUCAUGUACGAUCUGCGCUCUCAGUGCGAUGCUAUCCGAGUCACCAAGACAGUGCGGCCAUAUCGCAUGGUUAUCUGCCCCGUCAAUGAAAAUAGUGCUGCGCUUAUGGUCAGCGACGGCCGAGCCAUGCUGUGGGAGCUCAAAGCCCACGCCAGCAAGGCGGUUGGCAAUCCAAGUUCGGGCCUUUCUCCGCUCUACACCCCCUUAUCAUUUUGUGGAUCUCCACUGGGUCCAAACCAGAAAAGGAUUCAGGAUCUCUCUCUCAACAGCAUGAUUGGUCAGACCUUGAUGGCUGGUGAGGCUCCUCCUCCAUCAUCCAACCAGCAAGACAUCCAGUUAAAGUUCCUGCUGACUGGCCUCCUGUCUGGUCUGCCGCUGCCACCAUUUGCCCUUCGCAUGUGUCCACCUCUUACUACCAAAAACAUCAACCACUACCAACCCCUGCUGGCUGUAGGCACCAGUAAUGGGUCUGUACUGGUCUUUAACCUGACUAGUGGUCUUCUCCACAAAGAUCUCAGCGUCCACUCUUGUGAAGUCAGGGGGAUUGAAUGGGUGAGUCUUACCAGUUUCCUAUCUUUUGCCACUUCUGCCCCCAACAACAUGGGCCUGGUGCGAAAUGAACUGCAGCAUGUCAACCUGCCUACUGGCAGAUGCUUUGCAUUCAGAGGCGAGCGAGGAAACGAUGAGCCACCCAUUGAGAUGAUUAAAGUGUCUCAUCUCAAACAGUACCUGGUCGUGGUGUUCAGAGACAAACCCCUGGAGCUGUGGGACACCAGGACGGGGACGCUUCUCCGGGAGAUGGCGAAGAACUUCCCCACUGUUACUGCAUUGGAGUGGUCCCCAUCCCACAACCUGAAGAGUCUGAAGAAGAAGCAGAUGGCAGCGAGGGAGGCCAUAGCUCGGCAGACGGUGUCAGACGCCGAGCAGACUAGCGUUGAGUCCUCAGUCAUCAGUCUCCUACAGGAUGCAGAGAGCAAGUCAGAGACCAGCCAGGCCAUCUCAGCCAGGGAGCAUUUUGUAUUCACUGACACUGAUGGGCAGGUCUACCACAUCACCGUAGAGGGCAACACAGUCAAAGAUGGAGCACGAAUUCCACCUGAUGGCAGUAUGGGCAGUAUCGCCUGCAUUGCCUGGAAAGGCGACACCCUGGUGCUCGGGGACGUAGACGGCAAUCUCAACUUCUGGGACCUCAAAGCUCGUUUGUCCAGGGGAAUACCAACACAUCGUGGCUGGGUGAAGAAGAUCCGCUUCGCCCCGGGGAAGGGAAACCAAAAGCUGCUGGUCAUGUACACAGAUGGAGCUGAGGUCUGGGACACCAAAGAGGUCCAAAUGGUGAGCAGCAUGCGGAUCGGGCGCAACGUGAACUACCGUAUCCUAGACAUUGACUGGUGCACGUCAGACAAGGUUGUGUUGGCCUCUGACGACGGCUGUGUCCGAGUGCUGGAAAUGGCAAUGAAGUCCGCCAGCUACCGCAUGGAUGAGCAAGACCUGACCGAUCCAGUGUGGUGUCCUUACCUGCUGGUGCCCCGAGCGGCGCUCACUCUCAAGGCUUUCCUCCUGCUGCAGCCCUGGUCAGGGACCUUCACCAUGGACAUCACCCAAGUAGACUACAAUGAGAAAGACGAGAUAAAAGGCCUGAUCCAGGAGCAGCUCAACUCCUUGUCUAACGAUAUGAAAAGUGUGCUGCAGGACCCGGAGCUCAGCCUGCUGCAGCGUUGCCUUCUGGUCUCACGGCUGUUCGGGGAUGAGUCGGACCUUCACUUCUGGACAGUGGCGUCACACUACCUCCAGUCGUUUGCCCAGGCUCGUCAGCUAGGUGUGUCCACUGCAGAGGGUCAGGCCAAAAGUGAAGGAACCCAGAUGUCUCCUCCGAACCACCUGGACAUCUGCCACGACGUUCUGUGUGAGAGCUCUUACUUCCAGAAGUUCCAGUUGGAUCGAGUUCACCUGCAGGAGGUGAAGCGCUCCAGUUAUGACCACACAAAGAAAUGUGCUGACCAGCUCCUCCUGCUGGGUCAGACGGACCGAGCAGUGCAGUUACUGUUGGAGACGAGCGCAGACAACACCAGCUACUACUGUGAUUCGCUCAAGGCGUGCCUAGUGACCACCAUCACCUCUUCAGGCCCCUCACAGUCCACCAUCAAACUAGUGGCCACUAACAUGAUUGCCAACGGCAAGCUAGCAGAGGGGGUACAGCUGCUGUGUUUGAUUGACAAGGCAGCGGAUGCUUGCCGCUACUUGCAGACCUACGGGGAGUGGAACCGUGCUGCCUGGCUGGCUAAGGUGCGUCUGAACCCAGCGGAGAGCUCAGAUGUGCUGAAGCGCUGGGCGGAGCACCUUUGCUCCCCGCAGGUCAACCAGAAAUCCAAAGCUAUCAUGGUGCUGCUUUCCCUGGGCUGCUUUUACAAAGUAGGAGAGAUGCUACAAAGCAUGAGGCACUUUGAUCGCGCCGCUCUCUUCAUUGAAGCCUGUCUGAAGUACGGAGUGAUGGAGGCCAAUGACUCUUCCAAUAAACUUAUCAAAUCUGUAUUUUUGGAGUAUGCGCGGAUGCUGCGCUCACUGGGCCUGAGGGAAGGCGCCGCUCUGUGGGCAUCGCGGGCGGGCAGCGCCGGGGAGCAGCUGAUGGAGGAGCUGUUCCAGGGAGAGGGGAGCGUGCCAGAAGCCAUUCCAGGCGAAGAGGGAGUCGAGCUGAGCCGGGUUAGCACCGAGUGACCCCGGAAAGACUGGAGAACGGAUGACAUACUCUUUGGUACAAAUCAAAGAACGGCCAUUCAUUCUAACUUCAAUAGUGUGACCGUUGUGAAUUUACCGUGUCAGCAUCACAGGGGAAUCACGAUCAUCAUGAGAAGACAGGAGAGAUGAGGAGAUUCCUCCAUGUGAAGCUGCCGGUCCGUCACUGAAGUCUGUGUCCUUAGCGAGUUUGACAUUUCUUAAUGUUCGGUAUGACCAGUGUGUGUUUGUGCACAUAUGUGUAUGCAUGUAAGAUCCCCAAAAGAAAACACACUUGUCCUGAUCCCCCUCCCCAACAAUGGAAGUUGACAUAGUUGAUAACAGUCUGUGAUUUUUAAUGGUUGCUUGUUAAGCUUUAUUUUGUGUCUGUAAUAAUAACUUCAAAGUAUUGUUGUAGCUCAACAGGUUAAAUUAGCCUUAUUGCUGCUGAGAUUAAAUGUGGCAGAAUGGAUUUAUCCCAAAAUUAUGUUCCCUAUUUCAUUUUGAAAAUGCACCGCCCUUACAGAAGC